UAGAGCACUCGUAAUUGUUUAAAUAUUAAAUGAAUGCAUUUCGAUCCUAGUACUCUGUGGGCAAUAUGGACGCGACGCAACUCACCGAGCUGAUGGGCAGUCAUGAUUUCAUGCAGCUGCAGCAGCAGUUGCAGCACAACAACAACAACUACAACACCGAUGGCCACAAUGGAUUAUCGCCGGAAUCGGUGGAGCGCAGCUCAAGGCCCGUGCGACGCGCGACGCGACGCACCUCACAGCUAAGCAAUAACACCUACGACCUGGAGAUGACCGACUCCAGUUCGCAGAGCGACGACACCAGCGGCGGCGGCGGCAGCAGCAACGGCGGCGGCAGCAGCACCAACAACAACAGCAACCAGCUGGGCUGCGCCCAGGGCGGACAGCGGCCGUCGAGCCGCGGGCGGCAGCAGAACGCCGCCGGCGCCAGCCUAACGCCCAACAGCAGCGCCAACAAUAGCAACAAUAACAACAACAAUCGGCGGCGGAAGGGGGCGCUGAAUGCGAAGGAGCGAAAUCUGCGACGUUUGGAGUCGAACGAGCGGGAGCGCAUGCGCAUGCACAGCCUGAACGAUGCGUUUCAGUCGCUGCGCGAGGUCAUUCCCCAUGUGGAGAUGGAGCGACGGCUCUCCAAGAUUGAGACACUCACGCUGGCCAAGAAUUACAUUAUCAAUCUGACGCACAUUAUACUCUCCAAGCGCAACGAAGAGGCCGCCGCCAUGGAGCUAAAUGCGGGCGCUGUGGGCGGCGUCCUGCUCACAGGCCUGACGGCCGAGCCAAAUGGUAAUAAUGGCGGUGGUGCGUCUAAUGGCGCCACCAAUGGUCUGUGCUUCGAGGAUGCCCUGGCCAGCGGUGGAGCCUAUGACUGUGCUCUGCUGGCUGCCAGCGAUGUUAGUCUAUUGAGUGCGGCAACUGUUGCGGCCACGCCCACAAUGCAAACACUGCAGCCGCCGCCGCCGAUGCAUAUGCAUGCACAGCCGCAAGUGGAUCAGCAGGCGCAACAGCAUCUGCCGCAUCAUCAUCAUCCACAACAGCAGCAGCAGCAGCAGCAACAGCAGCAGCCGCACGGGCAGCAGCAACUGUUGCAUGCUCACGCGCAUUUGGGCGCCAACAUGUUGCUGCCACAACAGCAGCAGCAGCAGCAACAGCAGCAACAGCAGCAACAGCAGCAGCCGCAGCAACAGUCGCAACAGCCAACGCUUAUACUCAAUGGCGGCACCACAUUAACGGUGGGUGGCGUCGCUGUCGCUGUGGGCGGUGCGGCGGGCGGCGGCGUUUUUCCAGAUGUCAAUGAUAAUUUCGAUGAGCCCUUUCGAGAGUUUCUCUAA